UCGAAACCCACCAUUAGAAACCACUUAGUUGGCGGGCUGUUCUUCUACCGCUAGUCCGGACUGUCUUGACGCGGAAAAAUCCGGAAAACCCGGAAAAAUCCGGGAAGCUGGAAAAUGUCUGGAAUGAGUAUUCGCGUCCAAUCGGAGUCUCAGUGACACGCGCAGGAUUGCAGUUGUAGCUUCGUUUUUAGUACAGGGUGAUACGUAAAUGAAUGAUGUGCCGGACGGUGUCUACCGAGUGAUAAAAAAAUCCGGGAAAUGAAAAUGGUUGAUUUGAAAAACGAGCAAACGCCUUCGGCGAAAAAAUCCCGCGGAAUUUCUAUAACGAUGGUGAGGAAUUGGCUUUCCAUGUCAGAAAAGAAAAACGUACAUCAAGGAGCGCCACAGCCUUUUCAGAAAAUGCCGGAAAAUUUUUUGCGGUCACUGAGAAGAAGGUCGUUAAGAAUCAAAAGGAACAAAUCGUUUAUUCUACCGGAAAAAAGGAAAUCUGAUUCGUUCGUGAACAGCCAAGAAUGGACGCUGUCGCGUGCAGUGCCGGACUUGCGGCUAGGUAUCGUGGGCUCGCUGUCUUCGGGCAAAUCAGCCCUGGUGCAUCGAUACCUCACGGGCUCCUACAUGCAAGAGGAGUCUCCGGAGGGGGGGCGAUUCAAGAAAGAGAUCAUGGUCGACUCUCACAGCUACUUGUUGCUCAUCAGGGACGAGGGAGGACCCCCCGAAAUGCAGUUCACCACCUGGGUAGACGCCGUCAUAUUCGUCUUCAGUCUCGAAAACGAAUCGUCUUUCAAUGCCAUCUUCAACUACUACACCAAGAUGUCGCACUACCGCAACGCUGCCGAAGUACCAUUGAUUCUAGUCGGAACCCAAGAUGCGAUAAGUGAAAACAACCCCCGCGUGAUAGACGAUUCGCGUGCAAGAAAGCUAGCCAAUGACCUGAAGAGGUGCACCUAUUAUGAAACGUGCGCCACCUACGGACUAAACGUCGAUCGCGUUUUCCAAGAUGCUUGUCAGAAGAUAGUCCAGCAAAGGCUGUCGGCUUCGACCUUGUGCCUGACUCCCACCAACUCGAGGCCUUCCACCCCAAACAAUCACUACCACCCUACUGCCUCUAUGUCCGCGCAGCGACAUCUCAUGCAGGGUAACAAUGGCUACUCCCAGCAACAGCAGCAACCUCACAUGUCUCCUGGGCAUAAUCACACUUUGUCCAGCAAGGAGCCAGUAAACUCCCACCCCCUGGACAUCAGACAACUCCACACCCUCAAACCCGCCCAUCUGAUCCACCGAGACAGCGACAAGGAGCCCGUCCAUCGGUCGUCCGAAGAGAAAUGGACGUCGUCCACGUCCACCCUGGGCAGUCACGGGUCCGCCCAUGGACUCCUCCACGCCGUCCAAUCGGUCGCCGAGAACAACAACUGCGCCAAAUUCGCGGCGCCCCAUUCGCUGGACAACUUACAGAACGCCCACAACAGCUCGAAGGACGCCAAGGACCUUCCAACUCCCAAUUCGACCCCGACUACAUCUAGGAAAAGCAGGAGACGAUCGAACUUGUUCACCCCUUCCAAGAAGGGUGAGGACAAGAUGAAAAACGGUGGAGAUUUCGGUAGCGGACGAGCUAUUCCUCUCAAACAGGGUUAUCUGUACAAGAGGAGCAGCAAACCGCUGAACAAAGACUGGAAAAAGAAGUAUGUGACGUUGUGCGACGACGGUCGCUUGACGUACCAUCCGAGUCUGCACGACUACAUGGACGACGUGCACGGCAAAGAGAUAUCCUUGCAAUAUGUCACUGUGAAGGUGCCAGGACAGAAGCCGAGAGGCUCCAAAUCGAUUAUCACCGUGGCCGGUACGCAUUGUCACAGCGCGCUCCAAGAGGGUAUCGGCGGUUUGAGUCUGGCCGGUAAAGACAAAAGGCCCACCGAGAAAGUCCUUCUCAGCGCCUUCGACACCGUCAAGGAUCCGAGUUCGAGGUACGGACCUCAAACUAGCGGCGACGAAGGGAUGGUGUUGUCCAGCAGCAAUUCCUUCCUUAACGGGGAAAUCUCCAAAAUCGAAACGCCCAACGUGAAGAAACGGCACCGGCGGGUUAAGAGCAGCGGAUUGAAGAAUUCCGAGUACGAUGACAACGAGGCGAACGAGUUCUACAUAGUGUCUUUGGACAACAAGCAGUGGCACUUCGAAGCGUCCUCGUCCGAUGAAAGGGACGAAUGGGUAGCCGCCAUAGAACAGCAAAUCCUCAAUUCCUUGCAGUCCAACGAGACCUUCAAGAUGAAGUGCAAUCCUGUCGAAGCAUCGACGCUGCAAUCGAUCAAAGCUAGAGUACCUGGGAACGGGUACUGCGUGGAUUGUGAUGCUCCGAAUCCGGAUUGGGCGAGUUUGAAUUUGGGCGUGCUCAUGUGUAUCGAAUGCUCUGGCAUUCACAGGAAUUUAGGAUCUCAUAUAUCGAGGGUUCGUUCUAUGGACCUGGAUGAGUGGCCGCCUGGGAAUUUGGCUGUCAUGUUGGCGAUCGGGAAUUUGCUGGCCAAUUCGGUGUGGGAGUGUCAGAUCCAGAACAGGACGAAACCUAACCAAACUUCUAGUAGGGAAGAGAGAGAAAGGUGGAUACGGGCCAAAUACGAGGGUAAAGAGUUUUUGCCUCCGCCCAAUACCACGAUGCCUUUGGGCCAGCAGCUCAUUGAUUCGGUUUGCGCUUCGAACAUGAAGGGAAUCGUCAGCGUUUUAGCUAGAGCGAACGUGCAAGAAGUGAAUACGACUGUCGGACCGAGAGAUCUGAGAACGCCUCUUCACUUGGCGUGUGCCAUGGGCAAUAUGGCUGUUGCUCAGCUACUGAUAUGGCACAACGCCGACGUGAAAUGCGUCGACCAAGACGGCAGAACGUGUCUGGCGUAUGCGAAAGCCGCUGCCAGCAUGGCGGCAGCCAAGCACCAGCCGACCAACGGGCUGAAUCCUGACGCAUCGGUGGCAGCUUGCAAGGCACUCGUUGACCUGUUGCUCUCUUUCGGCUGCCCCGAGGCGGCCCCAGUGUCGCUGAGUGGAACUAUCCCGCGUAGGCGGGGCAGUCAAAGCGGGCAGCUCUAUGAGAAGCUGCCCUCUGCGUUGUUGUAGAGUGAGGGUUACUUAGCGUACACGUGCAUACAUCCACCCUAGAUAUCUCCGAGGAUUAUUAUUUCACAAAAAAAUUACGAAACAGGUCGCUUUUCAUAUGGAGGGGGAAACCUUUUGACGCAAAAUAAAUAAUCCAUACUCCAACCCUCUACUCCCCUCAGGUUAUUCAAUUCUGGAACUAGCAGUGGAAAGUUUUUUGAAUUCCAACAAGUCGUCGACAGAGUCUAUUUGAAAAUUCCUCUUGUACGUUUGAGAAUGUUUCUCUUGAUAUUACCUGGCAUUCAGUUCUCAUUCUUCUCUUCAAAUCAUCGAGGUCAGUAGGUUCCGUUUUAUAAAUUACCGAUUUUGAAUGUCCUUAGGGAAAAAUCAUUGGGUGCCAAGUCCGGCAGACGUGCUGGCCAUUCUAUUGGUUCUCUACGGACCUCUAUGAUGAUGCAGUGGCGGAUUUACCGGUACGCUUAGUAUGCUCAAGCUUAGGGCCCCGACCCUUGCAGGGGCCCCCGAGGGGCCCUGGCAUUGCAUGACUAUUUUCCCAUAUCAUUCGUUUGUAUAGAUGAAAUAAUGAUUGAAAUGAAUUUCUCUUUUGAGCAAUAGGUAUUUAUUUUAUAUACCUAGAAGCAGCGGCAACAUUCCAAAAAUGUUGAAAACCAUAAGCAGGGUCCUGCCGAUCUCAUAGCGACAGUGGGCCGGUUAAGGGAAAGAAAGUUGCUUAAAUCCGACAAAAGUUCAAUAACUUCCUCGAUAUGGCAUUUUGCAAACUGAAAAAAAAAACAUGUGCCGUUUCGAUUUAGAUGAAAUAUCAACAGUAAAAACAAAAUGAUUUUCUGUUUUUUCAUUCCAAUUUUUCAGGAACGGCAAUUUUUUUCAUCUGCAAAACGUAUACCGUUGAGGAAAUAAAUAAUGUUCCUAUGAAAUCGGCGGGACCCUAUAUACUGAAGGAAUGAUGGACGUGUUUUUCAAUGCAAAAUACUACAUUGAACUUGUUCUCAACACUGCCAUCAGUGACCAAUUGCGGAGGAGAGCGUUUAUUUUCAAAAUUAUCAAUAAUCAAAUCAAAUUGUGUACCUAAUUCCGAAGAGAACAUAACAAACUUUGGGAAUGCUUUCCAUCGGAAGUGAUUUGUUGAGCAGUUCGAUUUAUGAUGGUGCAAUGAAAGUAUUCGCAGAUUCGUGAAUCAGAAAAUUGGAAGUGAUAUCGUAUGUUUCUCCUAGAAAUUUCGUUAGGGUUUAGUUCUUUUAUUUUGAACGUAUCUGAUCCUAGUCAGUGUUAUAGCUACGUUCAUUUUAUUUCAUGUGGCUCUGAUUUUUUUUAUUUGUUAUAAUAUCCUAAACCAUAUCAAUGAAUGCACUUUUUUUUUUGUUCCUUAUAUCCUAUAUAUUUUCAUCAUGCAUUUUUCGCUUCUAUUUGGUCAGAAAAUGUUAGAUGGGAAAAUUGGUGAGAAGAAAUAACAGGAGGAGAAAAAAUGAUGGGUAGGGGCCACAAGGGCCCCAAGAAUUAUCAAGCUUAGGGCUCCAGAAAUCGUAGAUCCGCCACAUUGAUGGUAAUCGAAAUCUAUUGACAGAUAAUAUUUAUUCUCAACAAGAUAAUGUGUCACCUCAUUCCGUAUCACAGGUGAGAAAAUGGCUACCCCAAAAUUUCCCAAACAAAUAGAUAGAUCGUGAAGGACCAUUAUAAUGGCCAGCACGCUCGCCGGACAUGGCACCCAAUGAUUUUUUUCAUUGGGGUCAUCCGAAAUCCGUUAUUUAUGAAACGGAAUCUAUUAUGAUCUGGACGAUAAGUUAAGAAGAAUUAGGGUUGAAUGCCAGACAAUAAAACUAGAGAAACAUUUCAAAUGUGCGAAAAUAAUUCACAAAUAGAUUCUAUCACUUUCUGAAAGUCAAUGAAGGUAAUUUUGAACAUUUGUUGUGGAUAACCAUUUAAUAAUUCAUUUCGUACAAUCAAUUACUCGCAAUUGGAAAACAUACCAUUUGAACUCAAAUAUCUCGAGAACGACUUGUUGGAAUUCAAAAAACUUUCCACUGCUAGUUCCAGAAUUCGCAAUGAUGCAUAACACGACCCUUAUUCCCUAUUCAAAUUAUUGAGGGGGUUGCUCUGGGGAGUAGAGGGUUGAAGUAUGAAUUAUUCAUUUUUUGUCAAAAGGUGUCCCCCUUCAUAUGAAAAUCGACCUGUUUCGUCAUUUUUUUGUAGAAUAAUAAUUUUAGGAGAUAUUGAGGGUGGAUAGUCUUGAAUGGACCUCCCGGUAUAUAUGUUUUUCGUGCAAGAUACAAGAUAAUUUAUUCAAAUUUAUUACUCAUGGCAGAGCGCUUUCGACUGUUGAGUCAUCAUCAGUGCAUACUCGUCAGGUUAACAAAGAAAUUCGUCCAUGAAAUUAUCUCUGGUCCAGUUUGAAAUUAUCGACAUUAUGGUAAAAUACGGUACAAACAUAUUGAAAUGUGUUUUCCAAAAUGGGGUAAAAUACAGAUUACAUUGAAGUGAACUUCAACACGACAUGUCGCAGCGACAAUGGCUGCUUAAGAAAUUGUAAUCUGUAUUUAACCCCCUUCUGUGAAACCCAUUUUAAUAUGUUAGUACCGUAUUGAACCCUAAUGUUGAUAAUUUUAAACUGGACCAGAGAUAUUUUUCUGGACAAAUUUCCUUGUUAACCUGACGAGUAUGCACUGAUGAUGACUUAACAGUCGAAAGCGCUCUGCUAUGAGUAAUAAAUUCGAAUAAGCUAUCUUGCGUGAUAUACAACACUCCCCUUCAUUGGUAUAAUGGCGAUUUGCGAGUGGUGGGGGUGAACCACUGGCAUAAAUACUAUCUAGACCACUAUAUGUCAUAUUUCAGCUACUGUCGUUUAUUACAGCAAGUCAUGACUCUUGGUGUUUGGAAACAUGAGUAAUAGUGAGUACCCAAGAUAUAUGACAGGUACUGAAGGCUCGUAAUUUAUCUUCUCCAGGUCGAUCUCGCGAGUGGCAUAGUUUUUUUCUUAGGGCAUUAGCGGUCUAGAUAAUAGGUUAUGGCCUUUGGGGUAGACGGUGUCUUCGGUUUAUUGGGUUCUCGCUCUAGGAAUAAUGAAUUUCAGUAAGAAACAAAAAAUCUGUUGUCCUAAAGCAGCCAGUAUCACAUCACUGUUGUUUUAAAUCAAAACCUAGUAGGCGAGGUAUAAUGUAUCUUCAUUGAAAAAAAAAGAAGUUUGUAAACAAAAGUCACACGCGUUACUUAUUCAGAUAAUGCAUAAUUUGAUGCUUUAAUUUCUAUUGGCUUUGUGUUCCUGUCAAUCUGGUUCGAACGAUGGUCAAAAAUAUUGAAAUGAUGCAUGAUCAACCUAUUCUUAUAUACAGGGUGGUCCUCAAACAACAAUUAUGACAUCAAAUAAUGAAAAAAAAUCUUGUUUUGGCGAGCAAGAAAAUUUCAAAGCAGGAAAUCGAUUGAGAAGUUUUCUGGCGAUCAAAGCGUGUAGGAGAGGUUGUCUUCACCAUGUCAUGUUGCUACAGAAUCUAUUGCAAGAUCAAACCACUGGAAUUGUUAGAAAAACCGGAUUUUCAGAGCGUCGUUCUCACUUUGCGAUAUAUUUCCAAAAGAUAAUUUCAAGGAUGUAUGUAUAUAAAUAAAAAAGUUGCUGCCGAGACAUACCAUCCAACCGACAUAAUCCAUCACAAUUGCAGUAGAUUGACAAGUAACAGUAUGUGAUUUCAUUCGUGGUGAACGUCUUCACAAAGGACUUAUAUUGAAUAUUUGUCGAAAUUCAAAAGAAUGGCAGAUGUGAGUCACAUGGAUAUGUAAUGUUCUGACUCAGAAAAAACAUCAAUUUUUCAUAUUGAAUUCCAUCACAAUCACAAUUUUCCAGUUCUAUGACUUUUCAUCAAUAACACCAGUUCAAAUCACAUCACCCUCACCCUAAAUUGAAUUUAACAUUUUGCCUUUACAUUGUUGAUAACUUUACCAUAUCACUAAAAAUCGCACCUACAUAGAUAGUUUGUCAACGGAGGAACGAAAAAUUAUGAGUGGUAAGUAGAAACAAAUCAAAGUUUCACACAAAAGUAAUCCAGUAGUAGGAAUCAUAAUGGAGAAAUAUUAUAUAAACGUAAAAUCGUGAAGUAAUUAUCAUGGAAUUUGAUGUGUCAUCGAAUAUUUGAGUCACUAUCAAGUGAAUCAUAUUCUGAUUGGAUCAUGAAGUCUAUUCAAGGUUGUAGAUGAAACUCAAAAUAUCUUCAUUUCGCAAAUUUUUCUGAUGAAUUUUCAACUCUUCUUAUGCAAUUUUGUGUACAAAAAAGUUAUACUUGAGUGAGAACCCAAUUGAUUGAAGAUAUUCACAAUUUAGAUAUGAUAUUAUUGAUGCGACUGAUACAAUUAGAAAUUUCGAACUUUUCCGAGUAACUAACGUUGGUAAAUUCCAUUUCUAUGAAUAACUCUUGAAUAACUUUUUCCGUAGCUCAAGUUGAGUCAAUUUCACUAAAACGCCCCUAAAAUAAAGUUACGUAGGAUUUUCAAAGAUAAUUGUCAGUAUUCAAAAUUGAUGUUGUGACCUGAUGCUUGUACCUUCAUAAAAAAAAGAGACUCUUUUGGGUGAACAAGAAUGGAACAAAAUCAUUAACGCCGAAACUAGAAUAAAAUAUCGUGUACUAAGUCAGUUCCGAUAUUUGGAAGCGUAAUUUUCACUUAUAAUAUCACGAAAGCUUCAAAAAUUUCCGGAUAUUAAUUGAAGCUAAAGUGGUAUUCGGUAAGAAAAUUUCACACUGAAAUAUUAUAUUGCAAGUAUACCUACAUAAUUUUAUAUGGUGAACUGUUGAUGAAUGAUUUUCAUUUAUUGACUUAUAGAAUGAACUCGAAAUAAUCUGAAGUUGAAUGUAAAUGUCAUUCAACCUAUAAACGUCAAAAAAUGUCCAGUGUAAUUCCAUGCUCCGUGCCCCAAGGAGGAGGAAGAAAUUUCCAAGAAAUUUGUUUAGUUGCUAUGGUAACGAUACGAAAUACAGGCUGAUCGAAAAUGUUUGGUGUGAAAUUUUCAAUGAAAAAUAUAGGAAGAGAACUCGUAUGGAACCAGGCGAAAAAAUCUAGAGACUCAUGACUCAUGAUUUACCAACGGUAAUUACUCGAUAGACAAUUUUCAUUUUUAUUGAAUAGGUGUACCUAUCCUUUAAAAUAAAAUGCAAUGGAACAAUCAAGUUUUUUUCAGAUAUCACAUACUCAUAUGCACUUGUGUACUUAUCGUUUUUAAUUGAGGUACAUGGAUCACUAAUCUCGCACUGAAAAACGAGUAGAAUUUUUCAUCAGACGAUUUUCGUUUUCAUUAUGUAAAACAAUUCACGUGCACUUUUUUGGUGUCACCCAUAUUUGGAUUCCCGAAGAAAUGUGAUCUUCUAUUUUUGUAAUUUACUGAAUUAUUGGUUCAUCACCUUUUUUGUCCUCCAGUAAUUGAAAUGAAUUUUAUGAUUACGCGUUUGGAUGUGAUUUGUUAACAAUCUCGAUUUUUUUUUCAACUUGGUUAACAAAAAUGUUUUGUGAUUAUCUAGCACUGUGUCUCGGUUUUGUAUUGACCGAAUUUGAUGAAAAAUUCUAUUGACGUAGAUUUAAAUAGUUAUGACAAAUGAGAAUCUUCGUAUGAUCAGGAUUAAUGAAAAUAAUAUAUGUUUGUACCUUUGUAGAAUUUUUCAAAUGAAUCACUUCGAGCUUAUCUGCUUUCGUCAAUAUCGUAUAAUUUAUUGUGACAUUUCGCUUUUUGUUAUGAUGUUAUGAUGAUUUUAUUGUUUAUUUCACCAAAGAGUUCUUAUUGUUUUGUAUAUAAUGGUAAGUUAUGUACAGAAAUUUAUAUUAUAUGUUGUUCUUCCUUAAUAAAAAUAUGUUCUAAAUAAGAAAUGGGUCUAUUUGAUUUACCAGCAACAACUUCCUUUAUUCCUGAUUGAUCAGAAGUAAGACAGU